AGCUUCAGUGAAGAUGUGUUCCAGUCCGUAAAGUCUUUAUUGCAGAGUGAGAAGGAGCUAUGCAGUGUAUCAGCAGAGGACUGUUUAAAGCAGGAUGAACAUGCCAGUUUGACUGAGGUCACAUUUCUAGGUUUUAAUGAAGAAACAGAUGCUGCUCAUAUACAGGAUUCGGCUGCAGUUUCUUUGGAACUCCCAGAUCUUCUGAAUUCACUGCACUUCUGCAGUCUAAAUGAAAAUGAAAUUAUUUGUAUGAAGGAUAUAAAUAAAUCAUCAGAUAUAAACACUGGUCCUCUAAACCAGAGUCAUCAUCCUGGAAUGCUUUGUGUCAUGAGAGUGUCAUCUACAUUACCAAGACUCAGAAUUGAUUUUCUCUUUAGUCUCCUAAGUAAAUAUGCUAUGGGUAUAAGGUACACCCUGGACACAUGUUUGCAUCAGAAGUGCCAGCUUGAGGCCACUGAUGAAGAUGAUGACGAUACUAACCAGUCAGUAUCUUCCAUCGAAGAUGACUUUGUCACUGCCUUUGAGCACUUAGAGGAUGAAGAGGCUUCAAAGCCAUAUAAUGAUGGAAUAAACAUUACUGCACUAAGGAGCCAGUGUGAUGCUGCUUCACAGACUAUUUCUGGUCACCGUUUAGAAACCCAUGAUUUCAGGGUUCUGGUUGGCUCUGGGUGGCAGAAGUCAUUGGCUAAACCUUCUGCUUCUUUAAUAAGUAUUCUGGGACAUAAAGAACUGCCUUCUGUGAAAGCUUCAGUCACGACAUCAGUUUCUGAGCCUUGGGUCCAAAGGAGUUUCUAUAGGUCCUCUGCUGCUUCAGAUAAAGAUAGCGAUGCUGAUGUGCAGAAACAGUUGUUCUCUUCUUCUCCUGCCUACUCGUCUGAAUCUGAAUGCUCAAGUCCAAGUCCUGUUAUUUUCUUGGAUGAAGAGGGAUAUCAAAAAAGUUUAAAAGCAAAACUUGAGUUACCUAAAAUUCCUGUGAUGAAGGAUGAUAUUGAGGAUUCAGACUCAGAAGUAAGUGAGUUUUUCGAUAGUUUUGAUCAGUUUGAUGAACUAGAACAGACUUCGGAGUCUGCUUGUCCAUUUCUAAAAGAUCCUGCCAUAGGGAAGCUGUCACACAAAAAAGGGCACAAACAUGAAAAAUUGUGUUCUGUAACCACUACUAUGAAUCCUCAGAAAUUCAAGUUUGAUCGUCCAGCUCUCCCAGCUAAUGUUAAGAAGCCAACUCCUCGUAAACCAGAAUCCCCUUACAGUCACCUGUGUGAUGCUCCAGAUUCUCCCCGCCCAGUGAAGGCAUCAGGGGAAGACAGUGGUUUGUUUAGCCCUAUUCGAUCCUCUGCUUUCAGUCCUCUUGGAGGCUGUACCCCUGCUGAAUGUUUUUGCCAAACAGAUAUUGGUGAAGACAGGAUUCAUGAAAAUCAUGAUUCUGUUUAUUAUACCUAUGAAGAUUAUGCAGAUAGCCUUUCAUGUGACGUACUGGGCUCGGUUCUUUAUACCCAACAUACAAAUGCAACAUCCAACAUUAAUAGUAUUAAAAAGGGAGAAAAUAAAAUGGUAGCUCUUAAGUGUGGAAGCCUUGAUCAAAAAAGUAAAUCCAAAAAUAAAUCCUCAGUGAUUAAGGAUAGCAUUCAGAAGUUUGCAGCAGAUCUUGUGGAGAAAAGUUUUGGCAGUGCAUUUAAAGACUUACAGAAAGGAGUCUUUUCAUGUACCAAUGCUUUGUGCCAAUUAGCCAUGAAAUUGACAUCAUCCGUUUUUCAGAUGGCAUUUAAUGAACUGAGAAGGCAGCGUGCGUUUUCGUUGAAAGAACGUGCCAUUAGUGGUCUGGCUAACUUUUUGGUGAGUGAAGCUUUUGCAAAUGCUCUAAAAGAUUUACAGUAUGUAAAGAAGCAGAUCUUCACAAACACUGUUGCUAGGUUUGCUGCAGAUCUUGCUGAAGAACUUGUUUUUGAAGGCAUCAUGGAAGUGUGUCAGUUUUCGUAUCCUCCAACACCUGCAUCUCCACAGCGUCGGUCAUUUGACUAUGAAGACAAAGUAGUGAAGUCCUAUGCAAAAGAUUUGUCUGAAUCUGUAAUACAGGAAGCGUUCAUUGAGCUGUCUCAAGUUGACGUGACCUUCACAACAAAGGCAGCAGUCAGUGUUUCCACAGAUAACAUUAAGUAUGUGAGUGCAGAAAAUGUAGCGCCACCGACACAGACUUCUACAUUUUCCCCUACUUUUAAUGGUCAAACAAUUAUGGUGACAAAACCAAUACAGGAAUAUAAAAAGGAAUACACAGUACAACAGGCCUUGUUUUGUACUUCUGGAGUUGUUACUUCUAUACCAGUGCCCUUGGCAGGAGGUGCCCUUCUCCCAUAUCAUAUUUCAUCUAAUAUGUAUCAGGCAAAGUCUCAUCCAUCAUCUGAUGAUAGUAGUUUGAAUGGUGGUUCUACCCAAGCAGGGGUUGCCACAAAAAACAAGGAAGAGGAGGUAGCUUGUCUCAGGAAUAUUUGUUUACCUUCAGAACACCAUCCGGGUAACCAGAAUGAUGUUAAGCCAACUAAUGAUGAUAUUGAAAUGGAAAGCUCUUCAGAAGUAACAAGUGAUCCUGUGAUUAUUAGCAAUUUUUCUGUGGCAGUGGUGCAUGCAAUAGUAAAUGAAACUUUAGAUUCAGUGGCGUCAUUCAAAGUUACAAAAACAAUGGAUAAACACAAAGAUUGUUUAACUAAAACAGUAAAGGGAAAAACCCCUCCUUUUCACUGUGAUCAAGCGACACUGCAACAGAGUGAGGCUAGCAAGAAGGACAUGUUUGCUGACCGAUUAUCUAAAUCUGUUGUUAAACAUUCCAUAGACAAAAGCAAAUCAGUGAUCCCAAAUGCAGAUAAAAAUGGACUCCACAAGGAAGACUUGCCUGUUCCUGGAGAUGAGUCACGGUUGACCUCGGAAAAGUUCCCCAAGUUUCUUGAAGCUCAAGAUCAUUUAACUCACUGUUCACUUUCAGAAAGAAAGGAUUGUGUUCUGGAAUGUAAAGGUUAUAUGGCUCAUGGAUUUUCUUUAGAGACACUACCACCUUGUCCAACUGCAGCAGGUCAGAAACCCGAUUUGAAGGAAAUUGCUAAGGACAGAUCCGUGAAAAAGCAUAGUUUGAAUGAUACAGCACUUGAGCCCUUGCCUUUGGGGCAGGAGAACCCUUUUGCCCAUUCACAUAGUUUCUCAUCCCCAGUACUCACAUGUGCAGAUGGUUUGCACGUGGAAGAUAAACAGAAAAGCAGAGACGGGAAUGUGAUACCUGAUACUCCUCCAUCAACUCCUCUAGUCCCAUCCCAGGCUGCUUCUGAAUGGGAUAUCAAGAAGUUAACCAAAAAGCUCAAGGGGGAAUUAGCAAAAGAAUUUGCACCUGCCACACCACCUUCUACACCUCACAACUCGUCUGUUGGCAGUUUGUCUGAAAAUGAACAAAAUACUAUAGAAAAAGAAGAGUUCAUGUUGAAACUCAUGCGUCUCUCAGAAGAAGUUGAAAGUAGUGAGGAUGAAGAGCAGCCAGAAGUGGACAUGAAGUCAGAGCCCUCAGAGAAAGUGCAGUUUGCAGAUGCGUUAGCAAUACACAUCAUUUCUCUUGCAACCGAGCUGGCAGCUUCCCACUUGGAUAAUAAAAUAAUUCAAGAACCCAAGGUUAAAAGCCCUUGCUUAAAUGUGCAAAGUCAAAGAAGCGUAUCACCUACUUUUUUAAAUUGCUUAGAUGAAAACUUACAAACAUUAUGCAAUUUUGCAGGUGAUAUGGCAGCGGAAGUCAUUACAGAAGCUGAAAGAAUAGCAAAAGUUAGAAGUUGUAUGCUUUUCAGGCAGAAGAGGAACAGUUAUGUUGAUAGUGACCAAGAUUAUAGAUCAGAAGAGAAGACGGAUAUAGAGGCU